GCUAAAUCCGUAAGCGUAGUCACUAGGAUAUGUGGCGAAUGUAACUCAAAGAUCACAACAAACUUCUCCAGAAACGAGCAUCUCUGCUUGCUUUAGCUUGUGCACGGUGUUUUAUUUAGUAUGAGUGAGUGUUUGAGUGUGCACUAGAAAGAGGCGCAGAAGGUGUGCAGGAGAAGAUUGAAAAGCUCUGAAGAACGAAUAGUCGUCGCCUGUUUCCCAAUGGCUGAAAACAACUUUCCUCCUCUGCCUAGCUUUAUUCCUCUAAGGCCGUGCUUCCAUCAGGACUUUGAGGAGAUUCCUGACCAGCACCGCACCACCUGCAAGAGACUCUACUACCUGUGGAUCUUGUAUGGUGCGACUCUGCUGGUGAAUUUCUUCGGCUGUUUGGCGUGGAUGUUUGGAGGUGGAGGAGUGACUAACUUUGGCAUGUCAAUCAUAUGGGUUGUUCUCUUCACCCCGUGUUCUUAUGUGUGCUGGUUCCGACCCAUUUACAACGCCUUCAAGACUGACAGCUCGUUCUACUUCAUGGCUUUCUUCUUUGUCUUCAUGGCACAAGUGUUCAUUGUUAUAAUUCAGGCCAUUGGUAUUCCAGGAUGGGGUGUUUGUGGCUGGUUGGGCACCAUCUCCUUCUUUGGCACGAGUAUCUUUGCCUCCAUCAUUAUGCUAAUCCCCACAAUCAUGUUCACUGCAGUCGCUGCCAUUUCAUUUAUCGCGCUCACGAAGGUUCAUAACUUCUACCGAGGCAGUGGAGGCAGCAUGAGUAAAGCGCAGGAGGAGUGGGUGUCUGGCGCCUGGAAAAACCCUCACGUUCAGCAGGCAGCGCAGCAGGCAGCUAUGGGCGCAGCGACUGGGGCCAUGCAGGGCCCACAGACACCGCAGUACUCCACACCCUCCUACGACAACACCAUGUAAAACACCACCAAACAAUGAAUAAUCAAUAGAUCCAGGCCGAGCGAGAAACCUGUUAUUGAUCGUGACGUGAUGUAGCCGGAAUAUGAGGUGGAACAAGCGAUGCUUCGGAUUUUUUGUUUUUUUUAUUUAAACGUGUCUUUGUUUUGAGUUUUGUGUAUUUUUUGCUGUUAUGUGACAGUAUUAAAUUAGAAAUGAGUUUAUGUAGAUUUGAUAAGAUUUACAAUCAGGGAAAAGCUGAAAAUAUCAGGAAAUAUUAAAAUUUUGUAUAAUUUUUAUAAAAUAUAUAAAACAUACAAGGGAAUUUUAAUAAAUUAUAUAAACCAUCCUGGAAAUUAAAAAGGUAAAUAUUAAUAUUUUGAAAAUAUGAAUUCAGCUAGAAAUUGUGAACACAUUUGUCUAUAAAAUGAUUAAAUGAUUAAACAUUUUAAAGAUGCAAAUUUUUAUAGUGAAUAUAUUUUUUGCUAGUUAUUCUACACUCUAAAAAAUGCUGGGUUAAAAAUGGACAAACCCAGCGGU